CUUUUACGAAUUUCAAACAAAUUUACUACGAAUAAGAAGCAGAAUUUAAAGCUUUUAAUAAUGUUUUAUUAUUUAUUUUGAAAAUAUUAUGCGUUAGCUAGGAGCAUAAAUGGUUCGAGUAACGACUUCCGCUAAAAAAAGAAAAAAUCCAUCCCCAAAACAUGUGGAUAGAACAGAGAGAGGUUCGGUGAUAUACCACAACACGUCCAGACCUUCAACUUCUGCAAGAAGCCCUCAAAGACAACGAAGGAGGCAGACUAUAACUUCUCCUAAACAUGUCAGAAAAUUUCGGCCUGGGACACGAGCACUAAGGGAAAUCAGAUUUUAUCAAAAGACAACUCAUCUACUGGUUAGGAAAGCCCCUUUUAUGAGAGUGGUAAGAGAAAUAGCUGACCAAUUUUAUCAAUAUGGAGAACUGAGAUGGCAACUUGGAGCUCUUUUGGCAUUACAAGAGUCAGCAGAACAAUUCUUAGUCAGAUUAUUUGAAGAUGCAAAUCUAUGUGCUAUACAUGCUAAACGGGUAACCAUAAUGCCUAAAGAUAUUCAACUUGCAAGACGAAUCAGAGGAAGACAAGAAGGCCUUGGUUAAAUGUCUACUAAUGUACAAAAUAAUCUAUUAAGGCUGUUUAACAUUCCUCUCUUCGCUGGAAGGUCUGUAAUAUAUAGAGGUUAUCAGCUUAGUAUCUGAUACGGCUGUGUAUUUUUACUUUGAUGAGCCUUUAGGUGAGCCAUAAAGUGACAAGUAAAAAUGCACAGUUGUAUCAGAAGCUUAGCUGACUGAUAAGAAAGUUGUUUAUUCAUUUAAUUCUGCAAAGAAAUGCUCAAACUCCCUCUAAACUCUAUCGUACCCUAUCGUGAGCAAAGGAGAAGUGCUGACUCGGUCUCAUAUUAGGCAUGGUCUUUUCCCAUCUCACACACGUUCUUUGCAGAAUUAAAUGAUAAUAUUAUUUUAAAGUGUGUUCUAUGGCUGGAGCGAAGUGUGUCAAUACACCUUGCCUCUCACUCUGCCAUGGAAUACAUUUCGUACCAAAAAAUCUCCAUGGUUUUAUACUUGUAAGUCCUGUCUCAGAAUUCAGCAUUUUUAGACUACCACAGGGACUAUAAACUUUAUCUACUGAUUUAUCUACCAUUUUUGGAGUCAAAAUAAUUAAUGAAAGGAGAAGUCAGUGUUUGGAAACUGGUCUUAAGGAGGUUUUCUUGUAAAAAUUAUUUAUGCUCUACACAUCGAAUUGAAAUGUGGCGAACAAUUUAAAUAGUUAUCGUUCUGGACUGACUAGGCUCUUGUUCAAUUGGAAACAUAAAAGCAUUUUCACAUGUAUGAGAGGCUAGUCAGUCUCUGGUCAGUCCUGUCCAGAACAAUAGUUAUUCAAGUUGAGCACCAUAUUUCAAUUUGAUGUAUUCUUAAUCUUAAACUUAGGUCAUAUUUUCACAGACAUAAUUAUUAUAGAAAUUUUUAUAUCAAAUCUUUUGACAUUGCCACUAGUAUCUUUUAUUAUAGUGACCUUGUUCUAAGCGCUUCAAUUGGUUGAGAACUAUUGAAGAAAUAGAAAACACACAUGCAUGCUGUGUGCAGUUAUAAAGCACGCUGAGGUUGGCAGAACACGAGAGAAGUGUUACUAGUAGAAGCAUGACGCAUAGUAGUGUGCUUCUUGGCACUUCUCAAGUGUUCUGCCAAUCCCCAAGUGCUUUAUACCUGCACACAGCACAGCAAGCAGGUUUUUUAUUUCCUUUUUCAAAAUACAAAUUUCACUAACUGUUAUUUUGGAUAGGAGUUAAGCAAAUGAAGGUGCACGCACGUGCUGUGUGCUCUCAUAAAGCACUCGCUCCCAACCAAUCAGAACGCAAGAUUUAUAAAAGAUAUUUAAGAAAACAGCAUGGAAAACUACGAUGCUCCAUUCAUCAAUUGAUGGUUUUCAACCAUUCCCAAGAGAAUUAAAUGACAAACGACACGGUGGCCAUGUUGGAGGAUAUAACAAAAGAAUUCAUUAACAUUUCUAUUGUUAAGUUCCUCCAGCAUGGCUGCCUUGAAAACCAUCAAUACAGAAUGUGAAAAUAUGAUGAUAGUACUAAAAAACAGCGUGUAGAAGCACAAGCCGUGGUUGUAAAUUGUGAUCCCAUGCGUCAUUUAAAUUUUUUGAUACAUUGAAGGGCAGUCUGUAUUUUUUUAAAAAUUGUAAAAAUCUUUCUUUUACUCAACUCCCAAUUUCUCUGCUAAUUAGGAUGAUGAAAAAAAUGGAAUAAUUCGUAAAUGGAAUUUUUUUAGACGUCGUCGCUGAUUGUGCUGUGUAACUGUUUUUGGACAAUGUAUAAAAAUUUAAAUAUUUUUAACACAUUUUUAGAAUUUGUAACUUCAUAGAGGUUUUGUAUGAUCAGCCAGCGAUGUUGAAUGACAGGGCAAUAGAAUCUCUUUACUCUUGGAAAUUGAAAUCUUUCUCGUUUGUAAUGAGUUGUUUUGUUCUUGUCAUCCAACACGGCUGCCGUCAUGAUCACAUAAAAUCUUCAUUAUUUAACUUUUCAUGAUGUAAGAAAUAGUGAAAUAAACUCGUUUGAAACAAAAAA